CUUUAUGAACCUGUUGAGAACAAGUAUAACUUGGAAAAUAUCGAAAUGAUUUCAUCAGAUUUCAAAUUCGAAUUCAAAAAAGUCUUUCGACCUGCUCAGUUGAAACAAAUUUGCUUCAAAGGAAUAUUGCUCUUAUCUGAAUUUUCUCAAUAUAUCGAGUACUUUCCGAAUUUGAAACGACUUCACAUAAAUUCCUUCUAUCACGACAUAAAAAAAUAUGAUGGUCCAAAUUUGUCCACUUUAAAGAUCCUUGAAAUUCCACCUGGUAAUCUUGGCACUGGAUUUCGUAUUAUGGAUUCUUGUCCGUCUUUAGAAAGCGCAUUCAUAUAUUCUGGUUACUUCCAGGCUAAUAUUAUUGACGAUUCAAUAAAAAAUUUCAAUCUAAGAGAUUUGGUUAUCGAACAUCCUUAUACAUGUGAGUUUACCUUGGAACUUUUACGGAUAAUCUGCACAAAAUUCCCGAAUUUACAUCAUCUUGGAAUCAGAGGCUACGAAGUUGACGAUAGUCAUGUAGAAGUAAUGGUUAAACUAUUACCAGAAUUAAAACUGAUCGACUUGAGGAAAUGUAAGAAAGUGACCCAAAGACCAGCUCAUUUUCUAUCUCAAUUCUGUGAAAAAUCCGAUCGAUCGGUUAAAAUCUUUUAUGAUUGUGAGAAGGAACCAACUGAAUGGCCUAAAUUGGACACUACUCACGAAUUAAUUGUCUACGGAUUCGAUUUCAUGAAAAAUUGUUUCUAUAAAACUUGGAACUCACUUCCAGAUUUGAUUGAUGAAGACAAAUAAAAUUUCUAAUUAAAUUGAUGUCGAAUUUAUCAGAAAAAUACAAAUUGUAAUAACAAGUUUCCAAAGACAAUCAACAAAAUAAUCAUUCGAAUUGCAUAUAAAUUGAAGGUUAAAACUCUAGACAAUUAUAGUUGAUUAAUAAAAUAUACGAUUGAGCAUCUAUCAUGUUUCGAGGUGAAAGACGAAGUUCAUUUUUAAUCUCAAUAUUUUCUGUACGAAUUGA